AUUUUAGGUUGUGGAUUAAAGUGAGCGAGAAGACAUGAAGUACUGUGGAGCGCGCAGUGGUGUGUGUUUCCGGGCGAGACGUGGGUGGUCAGGGGCUCCAAAGAUCAUUCUCGUCUUGUCGUUGGUGUUACUCUCUGCGCCUAACAUACAGAGCCCUAUGGUUAACGGAAGUACCAGAAGCAGUUCCAACAGUAUCAGUAACAGUUCCACCAAUGCCGAAAGCAGUCCCAGCAGUACCGAUAUCAUGAGAAGAGCCAGUGGGACUUACACCUCCGCACCUACCACAAUAGGCAGACACGGAUCUACCAAUACCAUAAACAAUUCCAUCAGUACCGUUAACACGUGGAGAAGUCCUCGCACCACCACCACCACCACCAAAACUUACUCCGGUCGCCCUGCUGCCUGGAAGCUGAUGACGACUUUGCCUUCAUUCGAUAGGGACAGUGAAAGGACGACAAUGAUUUCUUGGAGUUAUGAAGGAUCGCCAAAUGAUAUGAAACUAGUAACCUCUAUUGAAGGACGCGAUAUAUCCUUCAGAAGCUGUAGGAAAAAAAGUGUAGGCUAUGGCGAUUACCAUAAUAUCCCUCUAUACUACGGUGGGUGGUAUUCCAAUAGGCGGUACGGGAACAACAGGGAAUGCACGUGUCACAAUACAAAAUGUUCCCUCGAAUUAGAUGUGCUGCCCAACACUAAAUACACGUUCAAAGUAAUGACCUCCGGAUCCACUUCUCAAUCUACAAUCCUGGUAUCGAAAGACAUGGAAACAGGCUCGGGAAUUCCACCACAAAUGGACAACGUUGUAGAGACCUUAAAAACACGCGAUAUCCCCAUGGAGAUGAGAGGACCCGAACAUUCCACAAUAGGUAUCAGGAUCUUCACGGACAGACUCGAUAACAGCUAUGGCACGAUCAGGCAGUUCCAGGUCAUCCUAGCCAAGUUCAAUUUCCUAGAGCCACCGACAUUUGGUUGGUUGAACGACGUCCAAAACAACACGUAUUACCGGAACUUUUACAAAGAAGAGGCCCUUUACCGCAUCCUCAACCCUGUUAGUGUCAGCACAGGCAUAUUCAUCUUGGGGGCUGACCAGUACGAAAACUGCAAAACUUGUAAUGGACCUUUGUUGGCGGAUACUGCCUACGAGUACAAACUCCGGAUGUACACUACCAUGGGCUUUGCCGACACAAGAGAGUACAUAUUCAAAACAAAAUCGUACAAUGUCAUGACGAUGGUGAUGGUGAUCUUGGUGGUGCUGGUAGUGAGUAUAAUCCUCGUCUUUGUCGGCCAGUGCGUCUUCCGCAAGUUCAUGCCUGAAAGGGCGGAACAUUCGCCGCUGGACCUUGGCUGGCUACUAGACCUGCAGUCACUUGUUCACAUCCGUCGACCUGUCCAUCUCAGUGACUUGCCCAUCACCGUUAACGCUCUCUUGGCUCAUGACCAACAGGCGCUGAUGCAGGAAUAUGAAGAGCUGCGAUCAGUAUGUCCGGCUAAACCUACCACCGUUGCCUUACUGCCCGAUAACCGCGCCAAGAACCGCUACGUCAACAUCCUGCCAUUUGAUGACUCAAGAGUCCUCCUCAAGGAACUGCAGAAUGAGCCCUGCAGUGACUACAUCAAUGCCUCUUACUUACCUGAAGCCACCAUCUCUAAUACCUCCGAUUGCAGCGAUGAGUUUGAAACGAGUGACGUCAUUGCAAAUGGUGGCCCUGUUUCUAAAGAAAUAAAUUUAUCUCGACUAUUAUAG